CCUAGAUGUGUUUCUGAUCCUGUUGUGAUCUAAAUAUUGGUAUUUCUGUGAUACUGCCACUGCUGUCAGUGUUAGGUUUUAGGUUAUUGCGUGAUACGUAUGGGAAGUGUUUUGGACCUUGUUUGGUGAUAAUAAACUCAAUAUUGAAGCUUUAGUCUUCUUGCAUGUAGGCGUAUGUAGAAUACUAUUAGUUAUGUGUAUUCUGUUGAAAUUUGAUAAAUCGUUCGUACUUCACUGUGUUGGUUUGGAAGUAUGAUUCUGCGUUGGGUUUGGUGUUUUGUGUUUGCAAUUGAAUAUAUUAUUGUGGGCGUCCGUUUAGAUCCUGUAAAUGAACUGCCUGAUUGUACGGGCAGAUAUGGUUCUGAUAAUUUAGGAAGUACUGUGUUUGUUAGUACUUUGGAUGGGCGAAUAACAGCUUUAAAUGGCCAUGAAGCAGGCACUGUCAAAUGGCACAUAGACGCAUCCAGCCCUUUACUGUCAUCAAGUAUCCAUAAACUUGAGUUGACUAACAAUGGACAUUGGGUUCGGAUGAUUCCAUCAUUGAGUGGAGGUUUAUACAAAUUUAAUGGUGUGGACAUUGAAAUGUUGCCAGUGAGAGCGGACCAUUUACUGCAGUCUUCAUCGUUUUUGCUUAGUGAUGGUUUAGUAAUUUCAGGUGGCAGAGAAACUCGUGUGUAUAGCAUUGCAUUAGACACUGGCGAAGUUUUGUACGAAUGUUCUAUGGAAGGCUGUAAUUCGUUUAAAAAUAUAUCGAACAAUAUGGUAAUAAUUCAAAAGCAGAGCCAAACAGUUCGAGCAGUAGACGUCCACACAGGAAAUGAAAGAUGGAAUUUCAGUGUAGGCCAGUAUGAGGUAAAAAUGGCUCCGAAUUCUGCUAGCUGUAAUGUGAAACAUUCUGAACAGAUUCCAGAUUUGGAUAUUAGAGCAAUUAUACCGGAAGGUUUGGUGUAUGCUGUUCAAAAAUCAGAACCCCGGAAUAUUAUAUGGCAACACAAGUUCAGUGCCCCUGUCGUUGCUAUUUGGAAAAUGGAACGUGGUAGUAUUGAAAAUAUCGACUUGUUUCAUGAGAAUGUGUGGUCAACCUACCCUGAGAAUAGCCUUAAUAAUGGCCCAGCAUUGUAUUUGGGGAUGCACCAAAAGCAGUUGUACAUUCAGGAGAGUGUCUCUUUACAAGCUACUGUAAAGAAAAAUACUUACAUGAUUGAGAGUGCAUCCUCAAGGAACCUGCAGAUACCUUGGGAACCAGUUGCUGUUCCAAGGUCCGCUUUAGGCUCAGUGGCAAUACCUGUUGGUGAUUCUAAACAUGAAGAUGAUGCUCCCACUACAGCGCUAUCAGUAUUAUAUGCUUCAGAAUACGUGAAUGGAAAUGGUUACUUUCUGUUUAACAAAAGUAACUUCGAAAAAUCUGAUGAACAGUGCAGUCGAGGAGAGGAAAAUAAUAGAAGUGCUACUAGAGAUGACUUUGUAAAUGAUCAAGAAACGCCUGUUCAUAUUAUUGUCUCCCUGUGGUAUUGGUGGAAAGAAGUUCUAAUAAUAAGUGUAACAACUGCUGUACUUGUCAAUAUCAUUGUAACUCAACGAGUUCUGCAAAUAGUUCAAGAACCUGCUGAAAAGGAGAUCUUUUUUGUGAAGAAGUCAUCAUUUGAAAAAGAAAAUUCUGAAAAUGUGUCAUCUCCAGGAAGAACGUCGGAGUCCAAAAAUGAAGAAUACACCUCGCGUUAUCUUCUAGAUUUUGAACCUGUUAGAUGUUUGGGAAAAGGUGGAUUUGGUGUGGUGUUUGAAGCAAAAAAUAAAAUAGACGAAUGUAAUUAUGCAAUAAAGAGAAUUGCUCUUCCAAAUAGUUUAGAAUCACGCGACCGAGUUCUUCGUGAAGUGAAAGCUCUCGCAAAAUUGGACCAUCAACAUAUUGUUCGCUAUUUCAAUGCUUGGAUGGAAUGUCCACCUUCUGGAUGGGUUGAACACCAUGAUUCAGUGCAUUUAAAAAGGCAUCCUCAAAUUUUGGACUCAAAUUUUGCUACAGAAGAAACUUCAAAUUCUGUACGUGAAGUUCUCGUAGAAGAAACUUCUCGAAUACUGAAAGAAAGCAUGCUAGAUGGCCCUGCCCAUAAAUCAAGUGACGUACUUGAAGAAAAUGAUUCUUUCAUAAUAUUUGAAAAAAGCGAAUCCUCCAAAAUGUGCCCUACAACUGAUCAUGUAUCUGUAAAUGUCGAAAGUACGGAUCAUGAUGUAUCAUCUAGUCUUGAGUCACUUGACAAUCAUGCUUCUCACACAAAUCAAUGUUCAGAAGUGACGUCAAGUGAAGAUUUAAGCGUUCAAAUUGUAUCACCACCAACUAGAAUGUAUUUGUACAUUCAAAUGCAACUCUGCCUCAAGGAGAGUUUGCGAGAAUGGUUGUAUGAUAAUGUAACAAAACGCGAUCGAAAGAAAAUGUUACAAAUAUUUGAACAAAUUGUACACGCUGUUGAGUACAUACAUCUUGAAGGUCUUAUUCAUCGAGAUCUUAAGCCAUCAAAUAUAUUUUUUUCUCUGAAUGGACAAAUUAAAGUUGGAGAUUUCGGCUUGGUAACAACCAUUGCGAAGGAUAUGUCUGACAUAUGUGAAACCAAAACCAAGUUUGAUAAGGAAGGAAAGCACACUGCACAAGUUGGUACACAAUUGUACAUGAGUCCAGAACAGGUUGAAGGAUUACCUUAUGAUUAUAAGGUAGACAUUUAUUCACUUGGAGUAAUUCUGUUUGAGCUUCUAUAUCCAUUCUCUACACAAAUGGAAAGAGCUGAUGUUUUACUCGCUCUUCGAAGAAAUAUGUUUCCAGAAUCUUUCAAAGAUGAAUUUAAAGAUGAGUAUGAACUUCUUAACUUAAUGCUGUCACAGAAUCCUGAGAAGCGACCGACUACAUUUGGUAUUCGAGCGCGACCUCCUCUUGCUGAGGGCUGCACUACAAGUAAAGAGGAAGCAACGUAUCCCCAGUGGCACUUUACUCUACCUAUACAAUCCAAUUCUAUAAACAAUCCAUCAUUAUCACGUGUGUAAUAUUUAUAAAUGAAAGUGGAUUGAAUUACUAUAUGUAUAUGUAAAGUAUUAAUUGAAAGAAGAAUCAUGUCCCUUUCAAAAAGAAAUUAUUUGUGAAUUAUUUGUGCAUCAUUUUGGCAUAAUUUGUACGCCAUCCUUAUUUGUUUUGAUGCUUAUGAGGAUAAGUUGUUUUUAUGUUCUACUUUGAAAUAAAAAAAAUACUAUUAA